GUAAACUGUUUCUAUGUGUUGUGAAAUCAAACAACUUAAAAUUUUAAAACUUUAUGACAGAAAACAGAAAUGUCAUUGCACGCUUAUAGCCAGUCAGUGAUUAUUUGGACUGUUUGGACAUACAUCUGCAUAAAAGCUCAAGGUGACUAAUCAUCUAGAUGGAAGAAGACAAAACAGGACUUAAAAUAUUGAUAACACAAAGAAGACAGCGUCCCUCCUACACGAGGGUGAUAUCACAGGAAUUCAGUCAGGAAACAGAGAUUGUAGGCAAGUCUAGAAGGAGGAGGAGAAGUCAGCAAAAUGUCUGUAAAUCCUCGUCAGACUUGUCUAGUUCCCUCAGCUCAUCUAACAGUGAUACUGACAACAAUUGUCAGGAAUACAGGAAACUUUCUGAGGAGCAUGACACUCUCAGUGAAAAUGACAAAUCAGAUGACAGCGAAUAUUUCUCUGCAGAGGAAAAUUUUGAAAUUAAACAAGACAAUAAUGCCGUAUUGUCAUCCAACUCUUGUUCAUCCAAAGAAGAAGAAGAUCCUGGAAUAGUGUUACUAGAAAUUAAUGAACAUAGGAAUGAUUUUAGUUUAUUUAAUAUAGAAGAUACAGAUAGAAAUGAUAUACAUAAGAGAGCACCUAGCAAGAAACAGAAAAGAAAGAGAAGACUCUUACAAAAUGUUUGCUCUCUUUUAAAAGAACUUCCUUUUUAUGACAUGGAUACACUAGAUGAUCCAGUAAAAACACAAGUACCCAAAGGAAUUCCAUCUCUGUAUUCUCUUUGUGUGAAAAUGUUAAGUAGAAAUAAAAAACUGGGAACGAGGCGUUGUAUGAUUCCCAUCAGCUUACGACAGGAAAUUAACAGAGAGACUGAGAUAAAUAAAGAAAAACUAAACUGGUUGAAUUCAAUUUUAUCUAAAUAUGAAGAAGAGCUUAAAUUAGAUAUGUAUAAAGGUGAUUAUGAACUGAAUGUUCUGGUACGUAUCGUGUGGAAUAUUGAUCCUCAUAGUCCUUAUUGUGGAACCUAUUACGACAGACCUCUCUUAGGGGACAGCAAAGUUGGUUUUCUACCUGUAACUCAACUCUACUCUUUUUGCUCAUCAAAGUCUUAUUUCUCCUACAAACUGAUGUCAGUCCUUGGAAGCUUCUUACAUAUGACAUUACCCUUCCCAGACCCCCACAAAGGAAACCCAAAACUGCAGGGGAGAGGUGGCUCCACUCCAUAUGACAGAGCAGUAGAGAAAGUUGUUACAACACUCAAAACAAGAUUCCCUAUUGUUAUGGGAGAAUUCUAUAACAAAGUCCUGCCGUACAUAUUCUGGGCAAGAGGAGAUAUUGCCAGGGCCACAGAAAGCUUUCAUCAUCUGAUUCAUACACAUAAAAAACCGAGAUACAAGGCGCUGUAUUUGUAUGAGAUAGGCAGAAUGUUGCGCUUUUUUGAUGACCCAGUUCGGUUGUCCUUUGACAGUAUGGCUGACAUAACAGAGGUUUUCUCAUCCAAGCCUUACUAUUGUCAAGAUGAGGUGGCCCUGCAAGUUUCAAAACAGAUCUCACUCCUAAAGGCUAAUCUUUGUGACCAAGGAGUAAUGACCUCUGAGAAAGCCCGGCUGGCUGCUGAGAAGUGGAUCCACUGUGUCCAUGCUUUGCCUGAUUGGGGAGCAGACGGUUUGGAUUAUAUCUUCUACAUGGACUCUCUUCUGUGUUACCAUAGCAACUCACGUUUUGAAAUGGGAGUUGAUUGGUUAGAAGAUGCCAGAGUGAGGCUGGAGCCUCUCUGUGGUGUAUACCCAGAGCUAUAUGUUUUUGUAUCUAUGCUGUAUGCCAUCCAGAAAAACAGAAAAAGGGCACAAGCUACUUACCAAAUGUUCCAACAGAAAGAGACCAUCAUUACUUGUGAGGAAUAUGAGGGGUGUCCUUGGGAGGCACUUACAGAAGCCGUUGAGCGAUCCCCUCUAGUUACACCCAUCAAAGUUCUGUGGAGAACCCAGCUGAACCCCCCGAGAUUCUCCUGUCAGAAGUUUGACGACUACUGGAACUUUGAAUGGAUGCACAGUUUCAAAUGUGGUCCAACAGAGGCAGAUAUAAGUUGUCGUGACCUUAACCUGCAUUUGACCCCUGAAGGUCACCUGACAGGGGAUUUCCAGAUGUCCCUGCCACCUGUUCAGUCCGUUCUACUUAACCCAUACACUGGUGCUAUACAUCUCCCAGAAUCCCAGACUUCUGUGACUUUGAGGAGCUUUCACUCUGUUUCUUGUCAGUUUGACAAUAAUCUAACACAUCAGUUUUCACAACCAGUAUUAGUGCCAAUGGAGAUUUACCGAGGUGAGAAUGGCUGUGUUGUACAGAUGAUAAUGCCUGGAAACCUUAGUUCUCAUAGGCCAGCAAAGCCAGUAUUCAAACUCUACUGGCAGGGGCCUAAUGGAGAGGGAGCCAAAAUCAAUGUGGCCAGUCUGCUUAGAGACUUUGUCUAUCAAAGAGAACGUGACAGAGUCCGAGGUUUAAGUACAGAGGAACCAAUAAAAACCUGUAUAAUGGAGGUACUGAGGUUAUGUUACGUCCAGGACUGCAGGAUUCCUCAGACGGACGUUACCAGUCCAUUAUUUCACAGUGCUAACGCUGCCUACAAAAAAACUCAAAAACAGAGAGGACGGUUUAACAAGUGGGACAAAGGAACUGAACUCAAUGCUGGGAAAAUUUUCCAGGAAGAAUUCAAAAAAGGUUCAUUCAUAGAACUGGUGAAACCCCCUCUUGUGUUUGGGGAGGACAUAUUUUUCAGAUGUAGAGUGAACUAUGAAGAAAACCUUGAACUGUUUGUGGUUAUACACACACAAAGUCGGAAAGAAUUCAAAAAACCAUCAAUAUCGGAGAAAUAUAUUGGACGCGAUGCUGUACAGUGCACAAGUGGGAUUUCUAAAUCUGCAGAGGGGGUCUCUCUCAUACUGUUUAACAAACAUUGCUUGCAGUUAGUGGUAUUUGACAGAUGGCUACACAAGAUGGAUUCGGUUGACCUGUCCAUACUACAGUCACAGCAGGAAAUCGUACCUGUCAUCAUCAAAAAUUCAUUAUUCACCAUCAGUGCCUCACAGUGUCUAUACAGGUCCAGUAAGCGGGUGGAGACUUUUGCUGAACAUCUAGAUCCGAUCCAUCGCCUGACCUUCCUAGGGGAUAUGUUAGUUAUGGUCACAGUCACGGGAUACUUGCUUUUUGUGGAAUGUGUGUCUUUACUUCCAAUUAAAACAAUUGUUCACCCACAAGCUUUUGCCUUGAUUUUGGAAAAUCAGUAUAUCUAUGAAGUCUGCAGUUAUCUCAAAGUACUCGGAGAAAAGUCAUUCCAGGACGCCAACAAUCAGGAGUUUGUUAGGGCAGCCAUUGCUCUGGAUAACAAGCUGAUCCUCCUGAAAACACAAUCCAACACAACCUAUGGUGUGGACAUAGAGGACAUAUCCCCUGUUAUAGUGACCUCAGCUGUGACCUUGGCUGGCCAACCCAAGGACAUAUGCUUCCUAAGUGAAUCAGCCGGUUAUUUGGUGUCAGCCUCCAUCUUCAAUGACAAACAGAGACCUUACAGAGAAAACCUGUACCACUUUGACCACACAGGUCAGCUGCUGGGUAUUCUCCUGUCCCUGGGGCAGGGGCCACGGUCAAUGUUUCCCGUCUACCUGCCAGGUGACUCCGAUCUAUCGUCCAGGACUGGUCAGCUCGGUAAGAAAGGCUGGCAUGUUUACAUGAGGGAUGGACAUGAUGGGAUCAUCUGUGUAUAUCUGGGGGAUGUUUACGCAGAUACAAGGAGUGAACUCUAAAAGAUGAUAAUAAUUGGUUCCUUUGUUUUAUCUAAAUCAUUGGCUCAUUUAAGUGGAGGUGUGAGUUUAAGUUUAUUGCUCACUCAUCCAAUGGAACCACUGAUGUACAAUUAAACAGAGAGAUGGAGGAGACAAGUCUUCUGUGAUACCAGUGCCUUUAAAUUUCACCACUUGACUGUGAUCCUAUGAAAUUCUGUGAUACAAUGUUUAAAUUUAUAAUACAUCCAUGUUAUCAAUUGUUUUGUUAAAGUGAGAGUUAAUAAGUAUAUUUAAAAUUAAAAAGAUGUGCUGAUAUGCAUUAAA